GGUGUGACGUCACGAGGCCGAGGUGACGCAGGCAGGAGGGGCGGCGGACCAGCGUUUGUUCCCUUUUACACCUGUUUGGCAGCCCAGUUGAAGUGAUCAUGGCUCCGAGAAGUCACUGAGCGCCACCUGGAAUCACCCACUAGUCACCCGCUAGCAACUCACAGCCAGGCCCCCGGAAGGAUGUCGCUCAACGGUAUCAUCCGCAGGGCCUCCAGUUUUCUCGGGCUCACCGCAUCCGAGUCCUCCAAGCCGACCUACGAGGAUGGCGAUAUUGUGUUCUGCAAGAACAACGUGUGUGUGCACCCUCCGUGGCGCUGCCGGGCGGACGGGGAGCGUGAGAAGGUGCACCAUCCCGGCUACCUGGUGAUCAAGUGCCAGGAGGACCCCGCCACCCACGCCACCACCCUGCACCUCAGCUGGAUCCCAAAUGACAGGCUCAGGCGCAACCAUGAGCUUAUAUCGCAGAGUGCCGAGGGGAACAGCCGCAGCAACUCCCCCUACCCCACCUCAGACUCCGAGUCCCUCUCCAUGUCCUCGCUGGCCCUUCAUGACAGCAACGGAACAGUGAGGAAGAUGUCACUGGACGACGCAGCGCUCUCCACCUCCGGCAUCUCCACGCUGGACACGGCAAGCGACGGGACACACUCGAAGGAAGAGGUGAGCCCCAACAGCGAGGGGGGGAGCGGACACAGCCCCCACAAGGCAGCACAGGGUGAGGAGGCGAGCAGGAGCAGUGUGACGGGAAGCAGCGGAUGCCCAGAGGAGGAUGAGGAUGAGGAUGAGGUGGAUACAGCAGAGGGCACACCAGAUACCCCUAAAUACACAUCCAUAGAGGACAGUGGUGAGCAGAACCAGGAGAGUCAACCAGCAGAAGACAGGAAAGAAGAUACAGAGAGGAACGAUGAGCAGGAGGAGGAGGAGCAGGAGGAAGUAGGGAAGGGAGAAGUAACCCAAACCGAAGACAGCGCGGCCGAGAACAUCAGCGAGGAGACCAGUACAGACCCCAAAGAGAACACGGAGAUGAACGAAACCACAGCAACGGAGACCAAAGAAACCAACACCGAUGAAACGGAACCACAGACCACACAGGAAACCACCGAGGACUCCGACAAGGAUAACCGAGAAACGACGAACCCAGCAUCAACCGAGGAAAGCGAAACACCAUCUCUCGAAACCACUCAGAUGCAGACAAAACCCAAAGCGUCAAUCCCAGGAGGAGGUGAGAGAAUGAAAGCAAGGCAUAUCUCCUCCAGUAGCAGCAGCACGGAUGAGGACAAGUUGGGGGAGAGCCUCACCAUCACAGAGACGCCAGAAAACUCAGGUACAGGUGGUCAUCUUACCUCUGAGGGCGACGAGAGCCUUGAGUCGUCCCCCGAACCCCCUGUAUGUUCCCCACCUCACUACCUCACUGCUAACAAUGCUUUUCCUGUCUUCCGUAUCGGGACGCUGACUCUGACUUCCCGUACCCUUUUCUACUCCUUUGCUGCCUUCACCGUACCCAUUAUUACCCCAUCGCUGACUUCCCUGCGCCCAUUGCUGUCCCCAGGCGAGCAGUAUUGGUAUGAGCGCAGCGCUGAGUCCAUGGCCUACUCAGCUAACUUGGCGUUUCCGGACACGGCCUCGCUCUCCUCCUUCUGCCCGACCCCCGUGGAUGGUGGGUCCUCGCCCAUCAGGAGGGAGCACAAGUGUGGGAUAUUCAGCAUUGACGUCAAGCAGAGCAAGUCGCUGCGCCUCUUCUUCAGCGACAAGGACAACACCUGCGGCCAGCUCGUCAUCGCCAGCCGGGAGAGCCAGUACAAGAUCUUCCACUUCCACCAUGGCGGCCUGGACAAGCUGGCGGCCGUGUUCGAGGACUGGAACUUCCUGGUCAAGCCGAGGGACGAGGAGACGGCGGUGGUGGACACAUCGCUCAAGCAGUUCCUCGUGUGCAAGCCUGAGGUGAGUGAGUCGGAGCUUCACCCGGAGGAGGGGCAGCACAAGUGUCUGGACGCCGACGCUUGGGUCACCUACUUCAAUGAGGACGGGCAGAUCGAGGACGACCUAGCGCUGCGCCAAGCCAUCUUCUUUGGGGGUGUUGAGCCGCAGCUGCGUGCUAACGUGUGGCCCUUCCUCCUCCAUUACUAUGAUUUCCGCACCACCUUCCUCGAGCGCCAGGCCAUCAUGGAGGAGAAGCACCAGCUGUACCAUAAGAUAAAUGCCAUGAGGGAGGGGAUGUACGGGGAGGAGCUGGACUGGUUCCGGCGCAACGUUCAGUGCACGGUGGAGAAGGACGUGGUGCGGACGGACCGGUCCAACCCUUGCUUCGCCGGCAACGACAACCCCAACCUGGAGAAGAUGAAGAAGAUCCUGCUCAACUUUGCCGUGCACAAUCCUGUCAUGGGCUACACCCAGGGCAUGUCGGACAUUCUGGCGCCCAUCCUGGCUGAGGUUCGCAAUGAGGCGGACGUCUUCUGGUGCUUCACAGGCCUCAUGAGCAAGACCAUCUUCGUCACCUCACCCAAGGACGAGGACAUGGAGAAGAACCUGAGUUACCUGAGGGAGCUACUGCGACUCAUGACUCCGCGGUUCUUCACUCACAUGGCGAACCAGCAGGACGGGAUGGACCUGCUCUUCUGCCACCGCUGGAUCCUGCUAUGCUUCAAGAGGGAGUUUCCUGAGGACGAGGCGCUGGCCAUGUGGGAGGCGUGCUGGAGCAACUACCAGACGGACUACUUCCACCUCUUCCUCUCGGUGGCCAUCGUCAGCAUCUACGGGGCGGAUGUGGUGGACCAGAACCUGAGGCCGGACGAGACACUGCUGUAUUUCACGUCCCUGGCCGGCCACAUGCAGGGACAGAUGGUGCUGAAGAAGGCUCGGGGUCUCCUGCACCAGUACCGCAGCAUGAGCCACCUCCCCUGUACACUAGUGGGCCUGUGCGAGCUGUGUGGGCCGGGGAUGUGGGACUCGGGGCAUGUGCCGGUGGUGGCGUGUGUGGGGCACCCCGACGACCAGCCCUGCCCCCUCACCCAGUCCUCCACCAGCAGCACCCAGCCCCCAACGGCCUCUUGACACGCCACGCGGAAAGUCUUGCACCAGUUGGUCAUGUGCAAGUAGGUGAGGGGAGGUAAAGUAAGGCAAGGUUCAGCUAUGUUUGCUUUCACCUCGAUUACGUCUUUGUGAGGUGACGUUUUGAUUUGCUGUGUUGCUAGUCAGUUAAAAUCGACAAUAUGGUAAAAUUAGUGAUAUAGCUACAGAGAAAUGGCCCCAGAAACAAGACAGUAGGUGAGGGGAGGUAAAGUAAGGCAAGGUUCAGCUAUGUUUGCUUUAACCUCGAUUACGUCUUGUGAGGUGAUGUUUUGAUUUGCUGUGUUGCUAGUCAGUUAAAAUCGACAAUAUGGUAAAAUUAGUGAUAUAGCUACAGAGAAAUGGCCCCAGAAAUAAGGCAGUAGGUGGGCAAGGUAGAGUAAGCUGAUAAUGUCUGUGGGGUUGAUUUUCUUAUUUGCUUUGUUUCUAGUCUGUUGAAAUUGACAGUACAGUAAAAUUAUUGAUAUAGCUACAGUGAAAUGGCCCCAGAAAUAAGGCAGUAGGUAAAGGGAGGUAAAGUAAGGCAAGGUUCAGCUAUUUCUGUCUGUGAGGUGACGUUUUUAAUAUGCUGCAUUGCUAGUCAGUUAAAAUCAGCAAUACAGUAAAAUUAUUGAUAUAGCUACAGUGAAAUGGCCCCAGAAAUAAGGCAGUAGGUAAAGGGAGGUAAAGUAAGGCAAGGUUCAGCUGUGUUUGCUUUAACCUUGAUUAUGUCUGCGUGAGGUGAGGUUUGAGGUUUUGAUUUGCUGCUAAAAUUGACAAUAUGGUAAAAUUAUUGAUAUAGCUACAGAGAAAUGGCCCCAGAAACAAGACAGUAGGUAAAGUAAGGCAAGGUUCAGCUAUGUUUGCUUUCACCUCGAUUACGUCUUUGUGAGGUGAGGAUUUGAUUUGCUGUGUUGCUAGUCUUUUAAAAUUGACAGUGCAGUAAAAUUUUUGACAUAGCUACAGAGAAAUGGGCCCAGAGAUGACAGUAGGUGAGAGGAGGUUGAUUGAGAUGAGGUUCUGCUAUGUUUGCUUUCACCUCGAUUUUGUCUUUGUGAGGUGAGGAUUUGAUUUGCUGCAUUGCUAGUCAGUUAAAAUCAACAAUCCAGUAAAAUUAUCAACAUAGCUACAAAGAAAUGGCCCCAGAGAUGACAGUAGGUGAGAGGAGGUUGAUUGAGAUGAGGUUCUGCUAUGUUUGCUUUCACCUCGAUUUUGUCUAUGUGAGGUGAGGAUUUGAUUUACUGCAUUGCUAGUCAGUUAAAAUCAACAAUCCAGUAAAAUUAUCAACAUAGCUACAGAGAAAUGGACCCCUAACUAAGACAGUAGGUUGGGGAAGGUAAAGUACGUUGAUUAUGUCUGUGAAUUGACUUUCUUAUUCACUGUGUUGCUAGUCAGUUAAAAUUGACAAUACAGUAAAAUUUUUGACAUAGCUACAGAGAAAUUGCCAAUGCCCAAAAAGAGUAACACUGAAGACUCACAUUAUAUACCAUCACGAGCAGCUUAUCUAUGUUGUUUUAAGAGAGAACUUCAUAAUUUAUACGAGUGAACAGUGAGGCUAAGGUUGAUUAUGGUUAAGGUGUGUUUAUAUAGGCGAUUCUGUUGUGUACUCUCAGUUAUUUAUGCGUAAGAGUGAGAUUUUAACCACAGUGAUUGAACCCGAAACAGAUUAACAUAAGUGGAUAGGAAAGGUGAUGAAGAAAUGAGUAUUGUGUGUAUGUAUUGAAGUUUUUAUUGUGCAUUCUCAGUUAUUUUGCCAUACGAGUGAGAUUUUAACCCCAUAUUGAUUGAACCCGAAACAGAUUAACAUAAGUGGAUAGGAAAGAUAAUGGAGGAGUGAUUCUUGUAUGUGUGUGUAUGUAUUGAAGUUUUUAUUGUGCAUUUUCAGUUAUUUUGCCAUACGAGUGAGAUUUUAACCCCAUAUUGAUUGAACCCGAGACAGAUUAACAUAAGUGGAUAGGAAAGAUAAUGGAGGAGUGAUUCUUGUAUGUAUGUGUGUAUGUAUUGAAGUUUUUAUUGUGCAUUCUCAGUUAUUUUGCCAUACGAGUGAGAUUUUAACCCCAUAUUGAUUGAGCCCGAAACAGAUUAAUAUAAGUGAAUAGGAAAGAUAAUGGAGGAGUGAUUCUUGUAUGUAUGUAUGUCUGUAUGUAUGUAUUGAAGAUUUUAUUGUGCAUUCUCAGUUAUUUUGCCAUACGAGUGAGAUUCUAAACCCAUAUUGAUUUAACCCGAAACAGAUUAAUAUAAAUGAAUAGGAAAGAUAAUGGAGGAGUGAUUCUUGUAUGUAUGUAUGUCUGUAUGUAUGUAUUGAAGAUUUUAUUAUGCAUUAUCACUUAUUUUUGCACAAGAGUGAGAUUCUAACACCAUUGAUUUAGCCCAAAACAGAUUAAUAUAAAUGGAUAGGAAAGAUAAUGAGGGAAAAAUUCUUGUAUGUCGGUAUGUGUGUAUGUAUAUUCUAUUGUGUAUUAUCAGUUAUUUUUGCACAAGAGUGAGAUUUGAAGCACGUGAAUUAAUGCCAAAAACAGAUAAUAUAUGUUGAUAGGUAGGAAAAGGGGUUCAAAUUCUGGUGCAUGUGUGUGUGUGUGUGUUUCUGUGUGUGUGUGUAUUUGUGUGUUGUGUAUUUUCAUUCGUAUAUCCAUGAGUGUGAGAUUUGUUUUAAGGAAAGCUGGAGAAGUGGCUGAAGAAUUGUGCGGUGCCGAGAUGGGUUUGUGUCCUGUCGAGGCGCUGCAUAUAAUUGUGAUUCUUGACGUUCAAAGAUGACCCUUAUUUACGUAUCUUUUUAUAUUGAUUUCCGAGACAUUUUUAUUUCUUUCGCGAGCUUUUAAAAAUGGAAUUAUUUUUAUUUGCCUUUAGAAUGAUUUUUACAAUGCAUUUUAUUCCUAUUGUUAUUUUCAUUAUUAUUGUUGUUAUUAUUAUGCUAUUAUUUGCCUAUGCUAUGUGAUAUAAUGUGAUUACUUGGAGAAACGAAAGUAUUUUGGUGGGCAUUAAUUAGUAUGUGUGUGUGUGUGUGUGUGUGUGUGUGUGUGUGUGCCAUCAAAGCAGGUGAUAGGGAAGGUAUUAAAGAGGGUGAUGAUAAUGGUGACGGUGGUGAUGAUAGUUGUGAUGGUAUUAGUGAUGGUGAGAACAGUUGUGAUGGUGAUGGUGACAGUUGUGGCACGUUUCGUAAUUCCACUUUUCGAUGAGUUGUGGUUUUCUCGGCACUCUGAUUUUGAGUUGGUUGUGUGCACAGUUCUAUCGGCACAUUUUCACUUCCUUAUACUGGAGGCAAUCCCUGACAUACGUGUUUAGGUUAGGAUCCCGAAAGCUUCCAUGGAGAGCGAUUUCACGAACAGAUUUUGCAUAGGGAUCAUACGAGUCACACAUUCCAGUGGCGUGUGUGAGAGUAGUCUUUAUUUGUUUUUCUUUUUAUUUAUUGGUUUUUCUGCUGCCUGAGAGAUAUCCAACGUACUCUCUAGUUAGUGGAGUAUCAAGCUCACUGGUUAGGAAUGAACGCUUAGGGUAUUAUGGAUCUGAACAGGCCCAUAUUUUCAAACAUUUCAGGACUUCUUUAUUAUGCUCAACUGAUGAAUUUACAACAAAGAUUUAUUCAUGGACUUUAUUUUUACCAAAGAUUGAUAGUUCCCUCAUGACAGUUUCUUUUACAGUCAGACGAUAAUUAAUUACAGUAUGUCUUUUUUGUUUAAGGUCUUCCAAAGAUUUCAAUACAUCCCUUUUUUAGUGUAUUUUUUGUAUGUCGUUAGGUGUAGAGUUUUUGAGAAGUGACACAUUGUAGAGAACGAGAUGGGGAGGUGAAAGAGUUAUGAUUUUAGGCACGUUCGGAUAUUCCCAAUUUUUCUGUUACAGUGUGCAUGUCUUUCUUUUAAGGUCUUCCAAAGAUUUCAGUACAUCCCUUUUUAGUGUAAUUUUUGUAUGUCUUUAAGUGUAGAGUUUUUGAGAAGUGACACAGUGCAGAGGAGAGCAAGAGAACGGGAAAUGAAUGGGUUAUGAUUUCAGACACUCGGAUAUUCCCAAAUUUUCAACCCUUAGACAGCGGUGGAACUCUAUAUAGACAGUCCAAAAUUCAGUCAGUCAGUUUUGUAUGGCAGAAAUAUAACAACACUUCCAGACUGCGGUAGAAUCUAUAUAUGGAUGAUAGUUAAAACACCUCUUAUGUGGCGUAACUAUAUUUAUGCAAUGGUUCUAAGGUCGGCAGUGACUGUAUAUUAAUUUUGGGGGGAGCUACUCUUCAAAUACUUCCGCUGUCUAAGGUUCAUGCAUGUUUUGAAGUGUAGCGUCUUUAAGCAGUGAUACAGCGCAUACCAAAUAGAGAGAUGGGAAGAGGAGUUUUACUAUGUUUCAGGAAAGAUUCUGAUGAUGUUUUGGGGGAGCUACUCUUGAAAUACUGCCGCUGUCUAAGAGUUAAUACAUGUUUUGAAGUGUAGCGUCUUUAAGCAGUGAUACAGCGCAUACCAAAUAGAGGAAUGGGAAGAGGUUUACUACGUUUCAGGAAAGAUUCUGAUGAUGUUUUGGGGGAGCUACUCUUGAAAUACUGCCGCUGUCUAAGAGUUAAUACAUGUUUUGAAGUGUAGCGUCUUUAUGCAGUGAUACAGUGCAUACCAAAUAGAGAGAUGGGAAGAGGAGUUUUAUUAUGUUUCAGGAAAGAUUCUGAUGUUUCUACUUUUUUCCCUUUAUGGUUUUUGAAGUUUAGCAUCUAGGAGCAGUGAUAUAGCAGAGGAAAUCAAAAUAUGAGAGAAGAAAGGCGUGUAAACAUGUUAUAAGUAUGCAAAAAAAAACUGCAUACCAAAUAGAGGGACGGGAAGAGGAGUUUUAGUAUGUUUUCAGGAAUGAUUCUGAUGUUCCUACUCUUUUUACUUUACAUUUUUCUAAGUCUACCAUAUUUGAGCAGUGAUAUAGCAGAGGAAAUCAAAAGACAGGGGAAAGAAGGAGUGUAAGCAUGUCAUUACUCGCUCUUUUGAAUCACUUAACUCGGGAAAAUCUUGAAUAUUAAACGGAACAAUAAGGAAAAAGACAUUGGCAACUGCGUGUUAAAUUAAAGAAGAUAAAAUAAGUAACGUAUCGCCACAGGAAAUAAGAUAUAAAGUAUGCAAAAAAUAGCAAAUCGUACUUUUCCUCUAACAGUUUCCAUUAUCAGCUAAAAUUAUUGCCGGAUCCCAGUCAGUAUUAGCGUGAAAAAGAAAGUCGUGUAUUUAUGUUAUUACCGAGCUACUUAAUCUAUUCAUUUAUUUUAUUUGCUUUUCAUUUAAUAUUUAUUAGUAGGGGCACUUUUCUGCUGCCUGAGAGAUAUCCAACAUCCUCUCUAGCUAGUGAAGUACCAAGCUCAAUGGUUAGGAAUGAACGCUUUGGGUGUUAUGAAUCUGAUGAGGCUCUUAUUCUCAAACAUUUCACGCCUUACACACCCACACUCGGCAAGGCUUUCAUAGAGGUUGUUGUUAGUAUUUCCAUGGGUAGUUUUAUGAGCCUAGCGAUAAUUCAACAAGGCUUCUGCACCGUGAAUAUGAAAAAACACUCAUGAGAACGUAACUAAUCUCCUUUGUGGCCUAAUUCCUUCCCCUUCUGUCUCUCUCCGGCGUAUGACCACAGAUGUUGCGCCGACUAAACAAAACUUUCCAGCUUUUCCGUUGUGGCCUUUGGAAGUGGUUGAUGUGAGUGCUGAAAGUGUCUGAGAAUAAAGGCCGGAGUACUGCUGAAUGUUACAGGGUAGUUGUGACAAUAAAUCAAUCGUCUAGUGUUUUGAAUAUUACUAGGACAAAGGCUCUGCAGGGAGGGCGUGAUCUGGGCUAAAAAGAAAAUGAGAAAUAGAUAAAGGAAAUUGUAUGUGGUUAGGAGGUGUAUUUUUUUUCAUAUAUUUUCUCUAUUAGGCUUUUUUUUUUUUUUUUUUUACAGCAAAGGAGACAGUUCAAGGGCAUAAAAAAAAGAAAACAAUGAAAAAAAAAAAAAAAAAAAAAAGCCCGCUACUCACUGCUCCUAAAUGACAUGCAGUUGAUAUGAAUAAGCACUUUUUGUAUCGUAAGGAAAUCAGGAAAAAGGAGAAUGAGGGUGAUUGAAGGAGUUAUUAAAUUUACAAGAAGGGAGGAGGUCAUCUGGGCUAUAAAGAAAUGCAAAAUAGAUAAAGAAAAUUGUGUGUGGUUAGGAAGUAUAUUUUUUUCAUUUAUUUUCUAUAUUCGGCAAAUGACAUGCAGUUAAUAUGAAUGAGCACGACUUUUGAAGAUAAUUGAGUUUGCAAGCACUUUUCGUAUAUAACGGGAGAUUGUAUGUGUGAGUACGGAAGGAAGGAGAAAAGAAAGAGAAUGAAGAUGAUUGAAAGAGUUAUUAAAAUUUAGAAGAAAAGACAGUUAAUGCAAAUUCCUCUGAUUCAAAUAUCUCAGUGCUCUGAACUCUUAAAGGCAGGAAGCUAUAACUCGAUACUACUUUUUCUAAUGGUGAUUUUCUUUUUUUAUUUUUAUUUAUUUAUUUUUUUAUAAAAGUGGUAGGCUCUCUCAAGGGGCCCCUUCAACAAUCCCAGUCCGUUAGUGGCACAGACGAAUUUUAUUUACAGUGACUGCCAUGGUGUAUGACUUGCAUUUGAUAUACAACUCCUUUGGGAUGUAGUAAUUAAUUAACCCGUUCACUGCGAUUGGCACGGAUUUGGCUUUCGCUGGCAUCUUGGUAACAUAUACUCCCAAGUGUUUCUCUGCCUCUGUGGUGCAUAGUGGAGUGUUUCCCAUGUGGUAUUGGUAUGCUGGAUUUCCCCUCCCGAGGUGCAGGACUUUAUAUUUUUCUUCACUUAAUUGUAGCAGGCACUUUUUGUUCCAUUCCUGUAGCUUGAUGUCUUCUUGUAGGAAAUCCACAGUCAAGGGGUUAAGAAGGAGAAGAAGGAAACAAGGCACAUAGUCUAUAGCUUCUGUGUGAUGCUGUUGAAUAAGAAAAGGACAGGAACAGGUGCAGGGCAGAUGCUAUUCAAACCAACAGACUUUUUACUGUAGCUAACCUGACUUCUUAUAUGGGCUUAAUCACUAUUGACACACUCUUCACUGCACACACUUGUACCUGUAGUAGCUCACGUAGGUAAUGUGGACACUAAUGUAUUGUGUGAGAUUGAUUGGGUUCCGUCACUCCCUUCCUACCUCCACUGUUCCCCCCUCCCUCCCGCUCACUGUUUGUUGUGCAUAUCAUAAGUCUUUGGGUCAUAUUCUCAAACAUUUUGGGACUUGCUCACCCACAUUUGGUAAGGCUUUCAUAGAGGUUGUUGUUGGUAUAUCCAUUGGCAGUUUCAUGAACCUAGCGAUGGUUUGACAAGUUUGAUAAGGCUUUCAUAGAGGUUGUGGGUAUAUCCAUGGAGCCUAGUGAUAGUUUGACAAGUUUGAUAAGGCUUUCAUAGAGGUUGUUGUGGGUAUAUCCAUGGACAGUUUUAUGAGCCUAGUGAUGGUUUGACCAGUUUGAUAAGGCUUUCAUAGAGGUUGUGGAUAUAUUCAUGGAGCCUAGUGAUAGUUUGACAAGUUUGAUAAGGCUUUCAUAGAGGUUGUUGUGGGUAUAUCCAUGGGCAGUUUCAUGAACCUAGCGAUGGUUUGACAAGUUUGAUAAGGCUUUCAUAGAGGUUGUGGAUAUAUUCAUGGAGCCUAGUGAUAGUUUGACAAGUUUGAUAAGGCUUUCAUAGAGGUUGUUGUGGGUAUUUCCAUGGACAGUUUUAUGAGCCUAGUGAUAGUUUGACCAGUUUGAUAAGGCUUUCAUAGAGGUUGUUGUGGGUAUUUCCAUGGACAGUUUUAUGAGCCUAGUGAUAGUUUGACAAGGCUUCUGCACCAUGAAUGUAAAAAAUCACUCCUGAGAACCUGACUUAUCUCCCUUGAAGCCUUUGGAAAUAUUAAUUGUGAGAGUCGGAAGCAUUGAAGAAUAACACUUGCCCUUGCACACAUUUAAAAAGUCAUAUAUUUCAGGAUAAAACAUAAUAUUUGUCACCGUAAAAGUACAGUGCAUAGUCCGUAGCAUCAUAGAGGAGUAACUUGAAUAAUUUUGUCUAUCUAUGUACUCAGUGGAGAGAUUAUGAACCGUACAAUACUUACGAUACUUGAGUGAGUGGGUGUUUCAUGUAUCUUGUGCCUGGAAUCUGUCUUUUCGAUGCCCUUUUGCUAUUUAAACCAUCAAUUAAUCAAUGGGGGCAUAUGCUGGGGGGUGCGUCUCCUUGCUCACCCUACUAUGCCAAACCGCUAAAUAGGAAAAUUGUAGCAGAAAUUGUUAUGGGGUUCACUGCUCAAGGCUAGUGUGACGUUGCUGUGGUGUUAGUCCUGAGAAACGAUAUAACAAAGCCUCUGAAAACCCAAUACAUCUGUCUCUUUGAUUCCUUUUUGCUGUUUAAAUCAUGAAUGAGAAAUAUUGUAGCAGGAAGAGUUAUGGGGUUCACUACUCAAGGCUAGUGUGACUUUGCUGUGGUGUUAGUCCCAAAUGACGAAAUAACACGGCCCCUGAAACCCAAUACAUAUGACUCUUUGAUUCCCUUUUGCUGUUUAAACCAUGAAUGAGGAAAAAUUGUAGCAGGAAGAGUUACAAGGUUCACGACUCAAGGCUAGCGUGAUGUUGCUGUGGUGUUAGUCCCAAAUGACAAAAUAACACAGCCCCUGAAACCCAAUACAUAUGACUCUUUGAUUCCCUUUUGCUGUUUAAACCAUGAAUGAGGAAUAUUGUAGCAGGAAGAGUUACAAGGUUCACGACUCAAGGUUAGCGUGAUGUUGCUAUGGUGGUAUUUCUGAAAAAAGAUGUAAAACAGUCCCGGAGACCCAAUACAUAAUCUCCCAUGCAUUUACAGUAGAAUUCUAUCACUUGCUAUCCUCCUUGUACCAAUGCACCCGAAAUGGAAUCUUUCAUACACUUACUCGGACAAUCUACAGAAGUUCCUCAAAGGUUUACAUUUAGCUUUUGAUGCUGGUCUAUUUUUCUGAAACUGACUCGGCAUUCUGUGACAUUGAAUAUUGUGUGUUGUAGUGACUUUGCUCUAUAUGAUGCAUCUCAACAGUUGACAUUAAGUCUUCGCAUUAUUUUUUCUUUAUUUCCUCUUCAUUUUCUCAUAUCUUCAUUAUUUCUUCAGGUUUUCAUUGCUUCAUUAUACUUUCCACUGAUAUUACAGAUUUCUCUCUAUGUUAUGCAUCUUAACAGUUGAUAUCUAAGUCUUCACAUUAUUUUUUCUUCAUUUCCUCAUCAUUUUCUCAUCGUAUUUUCAUUAUUCCUUCAGGUUUUCACAGUUUCAUAAUACUUUCUACUGAUAUUACAGAUUUCUCUCUAUGUUAUGCAUCUUAACAGUUGAUAUCUAAGUCUUCACAUUAUUUUUUCUUCAUUUCCUCAUCAUUUUCUCAUCAUAUCUUCAUUAUUCCUUCAGGUUUUCACAGUUUAAUAAUACUUUCCACUGAUAUUACAAAUUUCUCUCUAUAUGAUGCAUCUUAACAGUUGAUAUCUAAGACUUCACAUUAUUUUUUCUUCAUUUCCUCUUCAUUUUCUCAUAUCUUCAUUAUUCCUUCAGGUUUUCAGUUUCAUUAUACUUUCUACUGAUAUUAAAGAUUUCUCUCUAUGUUAUGCAUCUUAACAGUUGAUAUCUAUGUCUUCACAUUAUUUUUUCUUCAUUUCCUCUUCAUUUUCUCAUCAUAUCUUCAUUAUUCCUUCAAGUUUUCACAGUUUCAUUAUACUUUCUACUGAUAUUAAAGAUUUUGCUCUAUAUCAUGCAUUUUAACAACAAUUGAUAUUACGAUUCAACAAGUAUUUAGUUCUUAUAUGUUUGGAAUUCGAAAUUUAUCCAUAUUCUACUUCACAUAUGUGGCGCUCCCUAUUGAUGUGAGGUAAGCGAUAUGGGGGUCAAUCUUUACAUAUCACUAGCCUUGCAUUGACCAACUCUUCAGGUGUUUUGAGGCAACUUUUCAGACUAAAAUUCAAAGUUGUGUCAUUAUGGUCAAAUAUUUUCUUUUGGAUUCCUAAGACAAGCAAUGAUCACCUAAUGUCAAUCGCUGUUUUCUCAUUUUCUUUUGCCUGUCGCUUGGCUCACCUCAGCAGGCAGCGACACAUAUAUAGUUCACUUCAGUAAUUAGUGACGGCAUAUAUUAUUAUUAUUUUCAUUUACAGUUUUAGUUGCAUGGCUGAAAUUCAAGGUUUGUCUGUAUUAUUUCUUCAUAUAUACAGUGCACAUAAGUUUAUUUCCAGUGCAUGUUGUUAUUUUUUAUUUAGAAUGUUAGUUAGAUAUUUGGAAUUCAUUUUUUUUUCUAUAUUUGUUGCUUCUUCGCAUUAUAGUAGAGUGCACAUAAGUUUAUUUCCAGUACAUGUUGUUAUUUUUUAUUUAGAAUGUUAGUUAGAUAUCUGGAAUUCAAGGCUUUUUCUAUAUUUAUUACUUCUUCACAUCAUAUAGUGCACUUUAGCUUAUUACCAGUACAUUUUAUUAUUUUUAUUCACAAUUUUAGUUAGAUAUCUGGAAUUCAAGUUUUUUCCUUUACUUAUUACUUCACAUUAUAUAGUGCACAUUAGCUUAUAACCAGUAUAUAUUAUCAUUAUUAAAUUUGAGGUGUAUCUAUAUUCUACUUCUCACAUGUCGUAUACUAUAUAGUUCAAUAACAGUACAUAUAUAUUAUUUUUUAUUUACAUAGAUUUCAGAAGUGUUGACCUAAAUUCCUCUUGUCUAAAUUCAUGCGAACAGGAUAAUAUAAUCUCUUACGUAAUGAACAGUUUGAAUUCUUGGAAGGCAGGAAAUGACGAGAGACAAAACAGUUCUCUGAUAUCUGAAGUACAGGAUAUCCUAAGAAAAACACUUUACUUAUCCGACAGACGUGCGGCGUAAAACGAUGGUGCCUAAUACAGGACCAUCAUAAUUGUUUCUGUUUUUAUCAUUAUUACUAUUAUUAUUAUGUUUGUUUUCACGGUUUUCGGUUGCACGGACAUAUAUUUAUCCUUCACUGCUGAUAAGGGAACAAUUUUUAAGGUGCAUCUGUUUUAAUACUAGCUUGUUUGAUUUGUGAAUAUGACUGUACGUGUGUGUGUGUUUGUGUGUGUGUGUGUGUGUGUGUGUGGAUAUGACAUAGUACAUCAAAGAUUCUAUGAUGUUUCCAAUUCUUUUUAGGGAAACCUGUCAAUAUUUUAUCAUUUCUUUUUGAGCCAUAAUGCAUCGGAGGAAUUUAUCGUGUGUCAAACUUCAUAGCUCUUGCUGAGACCGUAUUUGUGUCCUGGAUGUUGUUCUGAAGAGUUUGGGAAAGUCAUGACCCAGAAAAAUAUUAUGGAAGAAUUUGGGAAAGUCAUGACCCAGAAAAUAUUAUGGAAGAGUUUGGGAAAGUCAGGACCCAGAAAAAUAUUAUGGAAGAAUUUGGGAAAGUCAUGACCCAGAAAAAUAUUAUGGAAGAGUUUGGGAAAGUCAUGACCCAGAAAAAUAUUAUGAAAGAGUUUGGGAAAGUCAUGACCCAGAAAAAUAUUAUGGAAGAGUUUGGGAAAGUCAUGACCCAGAAAAAUAUUAUGGAAGAGUUUGGGAAAGUCAGGACCCAGAAAAAUAUUAUGGAAGAGUUUGGGAAAGUCAGGACCCAGAAAAAUAUUAUGGAAGAAUUUGGGAAAGUCAUGACCCGGAAAAAUAUUAUGGAAGAGUUUGGGAAAGUCAUGACCCAGAAAAUAUUAUGGAAGAGUUUGGGAAAGUCAGGACCCAGAAAAAUAUUGGUUAGAAAGCACUAUGACCCUGUUGUUUUGUGUUCUGUCUGUCUGAAGAACCUUGGUCAGUUGGAGCUCUUUAAAUGAGACCCUAUUUCUGGUCCACAAAAAAAUUAAUAAGGUAGUACCAUGACCAUAUUUCUUUGUGUUCUGCCUUUUCAUCUGAGUGGUUUUGGCAAGAUAGGUUCCAGGAAAGACAUUAGUGUGAUCCUGUUUGUGGUUUGCAUGUUGAUUUGAUGAGUUUUGGCAAGUCAGGGCUUAUAAGGAUAUUAGUAAGACCCUAUUUGUAUUUUGCCAGGUAUUUGUUUAGGAAAGUUAGACUGCAAAAAGAUAUUAGUGAAGACCCUGUUUGUGGUUUGUGUGUUGAUUCGAUGAGUUUUGGCAAGUCAGCGCUCGGAAGGAUAUUAGUAAGACCCUAUUUGUAUUUUGCCAGGUAUUUGUUUAGGAAAGUUAGACUGCAAAAAGACAUUAGCUAAGACCCUGUUUGUGGUUUGCAUGUUGAUUUGAUGAGUUUUGGCAAGUCAGCGCUCGGAAAGAUAUUAGUAAGACCCUAUUUGUAUUUUGCCAGGUAUUUGUUUAGGAAAGUUAGACUGCAAAAAGACAUUAGCUAAGACCCUGUUUGUGGUUUGCAUGUUGAUUUGGUGAGUUUUGGCAAGUCAGGACACAGAAGGAUAUUAGUAAGACCUUAUUUAUAUUUUGCCAGGUAUUUGUUUAGGAAAGUUAGACUGCAAAAAGACAUUAGCUAAGACCCUGUUUGUAUUCUGCCUGGUAAUUGUUUAGGCAAGUCAGGGUGCAGAAAGAUAUUUGCAAGACUCUAUUUGAAUUUUGCCAGGUAUUUGUUUAGGAAAGUUAGAGUGCAAAAAGACAUUAGUGAAGACCCCGUUUGUGUUCUGCCUGGUAAUUGUUUAGGCAAGUCAGGGCGCAGAAAGAUACUUGCAAGAUUAUUUAUGGGUUGCCUGUUGAUUUGAUGAGUUUUGGGAUGUCAGAGCCUACAGAUAUAUUAAGGCCAUGUUUGUCUGUGCUCUGCCUGGUAUUUGUUUCAGUAAGUCAGGGUGCAGAGAAUUUUUAGUAUGAGUGUUUCUUUUUUGGUCCGAAGAGUUGGGCAAGUCAGGGCCUACAAAGAUGACCUGUUUGUUUGUGUUCUGCCUCGUAUUUGUUUCAGUAAGUCAUGGUGCAGAGAAUUUUUAGUAUGAGUGUUUCUUUUUUGGUCCGAAGAGUUGGGCAAGUCAGAACCUACAAAGAUGACCUAUUUGUUUGUGUUCUGCCUCGUAUUUGUUUCAGUAAGUCAUGGUGCAGAAAUUUUUUAGUAUGACAGUGUUUCUUUUCUUGGUCCGAAGAGUUGGGCAAGCCAGGACGUACAAUGAUGACCGAUGUAUCUUUGUUCUGCCUGCUUGUUUUGGCAAUUCAGGGCCCAGACAGACACCAGUGAAACUCUCUCCGUCUACUACCUAAGAAUCGGAGGAGUUUCCGACACCAUACGCCUACAAGAACAGUGCCAAAGUUUCUGGUUUUAUGGAAGACUUUUUAAGACCUUCGUACUGUAGCUCUAAAAGUAUAUAUGUCGUUGUCUGGCUCUGUAUAAUAUUAAGUGGGGAGCAGGUGAACUUAGUGGUUUGGUGUAAUGAAUCGCUGUACUCUUUAGUUUUAUAUAUCCAGUUUUCGUCACUAGACUAGCACUUUUUUCACACAUCUUCCUGUUAGGUUGUUGUAGUGUGCGGCAUGUAUUCAGCUGUUAACCGACUAAGUGUAUCAAUCAGUAUUUACGCAGCUGAAAGAGAUCGCAAGAGAGACGAUUUUUGAAGAAACCACCAAACAUUUUCAUGCAUUUUCCUGUACAGUUGUUCUAGUGCAAGGUAGUCAGCAGCUGUUACCUAAUGAAAAGAUGUGUCAGCCGUUAUUUACGCAGCUGAAAGAAAUCGCAAAACAGAAAGAUGAUUUAUGAAGGUGGUGUUGACAUAUCUCUCACUUAUCUUCCCGUACAGUUGUCUAGUGCAAGGUUGUCAGCUGUUACCUUAUGAAAAGAUGUAUCAGCCGUUAUUUAUGAAGCUGAAAGAUAUCGCAAAACAGAAUGGUGAUUUCUGAAGGUGGUGUUGACAUAUCUCUCACUUAUCUUCCUGUAAAGUUGUCUAGUGCAAGAUAAUCAGCAGCUGUAACAUGACCAAAGAUGUAUCAAUCAUUAUUUAAGCAGCUGAAAGGAAUAACAACAAAUUUACUAAGAAACAGAUGACAUUUCUCUCACUUAUCUUCCUGUACAGUUGUCUAGUGCAAGAUAAUCAGCAGCUGUAACAUGACCAAAGAUGUAUUAAUCAUUAUUUAAGCAGCUGAAAGAAAUAACAUGACAAUUUACUAAGAAACAGAUGACAUUUCUCUCGCUUCUUCCUAUACAGUUGUUCUAGUGCAAGGUAUUCAGCAGCUGUUGCCUGAUUUAUGAUGUACCAGAACUGUUAAAGAAGCAGCUGUAAGGCAUAACAUGAUGAUUGAUUGAGAAAGUGACCAGACUUUUAUCACACAUCAUCCUGUAAGUUUGUUCCUGUGCAAGUCAUUCACCUGUACCUGACUAUGAGGUGUCAGGACGGUCACUCAAGCAGCUGGAAGGAAUGAUAAGAUGAAGUAUUGAGAAACUCGGCUAUUUCGUUCUCAUACAUCUUUUUACUUCAAGGUUGUUAUGAUGCAGGUUGUUGAGCAUUGCCCUGAGUGUGAGGUGUUAGAGGUUGUAAAUUCAUUAAGAACUUGGCUAUUUUGUUUUGACACACCUCACUGCAAGGUUGUUAUGAUGCAGGUUGUUGAGUAUUGCCCUGAGUGUGAGGUAUUAGAGGUUGUAAAUGACAAUCUUAACUUAAAGAAAGAAGACAAUUUCAGGAACUUAGAGAAGGAAGAACUUACUGAAGGAAUAAUACACUUUGAGUAAGUUUAAGAAGAAGGAAUUUAAUGAAGGGGGAACUUGAAGAAGGAACAAGACAUUUUAGGAAGUUAGAGAAGGAAUUUAAUGAAGAAAAAGACAGUUAGGAAGAUAAGGAAGGAGAAACUUAAUGAAGAGAAUUUGAGGAAGUUAAAAACAACUUGAAGAAGCUUGAGAAGAAGGAACUAAUGAAGGCACAAGACAAUCUAGGAAGUUAAAGAUGAAAGAAUUUACUGAGGGAACAAGACAAUUUAGGAAGUUGAGGAAGGAAUAACUAUUAAAGGAGGAACUAGACGAUUUAUGAAGUGAUUAAGAUCCUGAGACCCAACGUUGCCAGAUUGUCGUACUCAGCUGAUUAUAUUUCCCGACUUCCUAUCCCCAAACUGUUUUCUGGGCUUCUUCUUCUUGGCAAUAGUUGGGCGUCAGAAACAGGUAAAUACUAUGCUCUGAGUACGACAAUCUGGCGACGGUGCUGAGACCCCACAAUUUUAAGGUAUUUAGAAAUAACACGACAAUAAAUGGAUUACGUUAAGUGCUCUCAGAGAACCAAUGACUUUAAAUACCAUACCAUGAAAGACUGUAUUUAGCAAUGAAGGGAUAAGUUAAGUGUUCUCAGACAAGUGGUAAGAACAAGACAACUUACAGAACCAAUGACUUCAAAUACCAUACCAUGAAAGACUGUAUUUAGCGAUGAAGGUUUCAAGACGGCCCAAUUACGAAAGUUUUACUGCUGCAACAAGAUUUUAUUUAUUUAUUUUUUUUUUUUACAACAAAGGAGACAGCUCAAGGGCACAAAAAAAGGAAACAAUAAUAAAAAAAAGCCUGCUACUCGCUGCUCCUAAAAAGAAUCGAGGUGUUUUGUGCCAUAUCAGUAAAAAGAUGAUUAUUGAGCAAUGUCGAUCUUGUAACUGCAUUUCUACUGGAAAGCCACACAACACAAUUAUAAGUACAAGACAGUUAUAAAAGUUUCCUUCUGUAACAUGAUUAUAAUUGAUGGGUUUUGGUGCCAUAUCAGUAAAAAGAUGAUUAUUAAGCAAUGUCGAUCUUGUAAUUGCAUUUCUACUGGAGAGCCACACAACACAAUUAUAAGUACAAGACUUAUAAAAGUUUCCUUCUGUAACAUGAUUAUAAUUGAUGUGUUUCGGUGCCAUGUCAGUAAAAAGAUGAUUAAUAAGCAAUGUCGAUCUUGUAACUGCAUUUCUACUGGAGAGCCACACAACACAAUUAUAAGUACAAGACUGUUAUAAAAGUUUUCCACUGUAACAUGAUUAUAAUGGAUGGGUUUCGGUGCCAUAUCAGCGAAAAGACAAUCGUUUAAGGGAUUUUGAUCAGAUAACUGCAUAUAUUUAUUUAUUUAUUAGUUUUCCUGUAUGUCAUGUUCACCAGAUUUUGGAUGCAUCUCAAAUAUAAAAUAAUUCUGACAAUGGGAGAAAAAGAAAAUAAUGUAGAAAUCUAAGUUGGGUUUACAAAUGAAGUGUUUAAAUUUUGGACACAUCUCUAGAAAAUCACUUCUGACAACAGGAUGAAAAAAAAAGUGUGGAAAUUUAAGUUAGGCCUACAAAUAAACUUUUAAGAUUUUGGAUACAUCUUUAAAAUUACUUCUGACACCAGGAUAAAAAAAAAUAAUGUGAAAAUUUAAGUUAGGUCAUAAUGAAAGGUUAAGAUUUUGAAUACAUCUCUAAAAAUUACUUCUGACACUUGGAAAAAAAAUAUUAAUGUUAAAUCUUGGAUACAUCUCUAAAAUUACUUCUGACACUUGGAAAAAAAAAUAUUAAUGUUAAAUCUUGGAUACAUCUCUAAAAUUACUUCUGACACUUGGAAAAAAAAUAUUAAUGUUAAAUCUUGGAUACAUCUCUAAAAUUACUUCUGACACUUGGGAAAAAAAUAUUAAUGUUAAAUCUUGGAUACAUCUCUAAAAUUACUUCUGACACUUGGGGAAAAAAUAUUAAUGUUAAAUCUUGGAUACAUCUCUAAAAUUACUUCUGACACCAGGAAAAAAAAAUAUUAAUGUGAAAUCUUGGAUACAUCUCUAAAAUUACUUCUGACACUUGGAAAAAAAAAUAUUAAUGUGAAAUCUUGGAUACAUCUCUAAAAUUACUUCUUACACUUGGAAAAAAAAAUAUUAAUGUGAAAUCUUGGAUACAUCUCUAAAAUUACUUCUGACACGAGGAAAAAAAAAAUAAUGUGGAAAUCUAAGUUACGUCAUAAUGAAUUGCUUAUAGAUUUUGGAUACAUCUCUUAAAUUCCUACAGGCAUCAAGUGAAAAAAUACAGUUGAAAUUUGCAUUAGGUCUAAAAAUGAAGGAAUUUGGAGACAUUCUAAAAUUGUGAGCAGGUGUGAAAUCUUAAGUUAGGAUCCCCAACGAAAUACAAAAAAAAAAAAAGAAAAAAAGUUAGGUCUUCAAAUCUCUAAAAUUGUGAGCAGGUUUAAAAAUGACAUGGAAAGCUAAGUUAUGUCUACAAAUGAAGUGUUUAGAUUUUGGACACCACUAAAAUUCCUACUUCAAUCUCUUUUGUGGCCAUGGGAAAUAUUUUUUGUUUGAGCCCAAAGUUAAGUUAGGUUUACAAAUCUCUAAAAUUGUGAGCAGGUAUGAAAAUGGUAUGGAAAGCUAAGUUACGUCUACAAAUGAAGCGUUUAGACUUUGAACACCACUAAAAUUCCUACUCUGGGAAAUAUUUCUUCUUUUUUUGACCUGUAACGCUUUGUAUCGCUUCUUAGGUCCUCCUCCUCCUCGUUCCUCCCUUCUCCUUAUUCACCAACGUUGCCAGAUUGUCGAACUCAGAACAUAGUAUUUUUCCGUUUCUGACCCAAAAAUAUUGCCAAGAAACUCUGAUAACUAACCAUUUUAACGAUAAUUAUAAAUGAAGCCAGUUAUUGGGGUGGAGGAGACAGUUUUUGGGUCGGAAAAAGGCAAACACAGAGGCUCGGCACAACAAUCUGGCACCGUUGUUAUUCACACACGUUCCUUUUCAGUGUCCCAAAGUCUCUGAGAAUACGAACCUAAAACAAUUCAAGUCUUCUGAUGGUAUAUUUCGCACCCAAACUCCUUGUACACUGUGACUUCCUUCCUAGCAUGAUAUAUACCGCAUUCCAACAAGACCAAAACCCGUAGAUCGGUCACUUAAAACCCUUAGAUUGACUGUAUUGUUCUGAUAACCGAGUGUUUUUGUAAUUGGGUGGAUGAAGUCAUAUGUCGCUGCUGUCUUUUCCCAUAUCUUAUCAACCCUCCUUUCCUCUGCGUUCUUAUUUUUUCUCCUCCUCCUCCUCUGUGUGUGUGUGUGUGAUUAAGACAGUCUAUGAUCGAGGCUUUAGUAUAAGUUGUUUCUCUUCUUGACAAUAGCGAGUAAGAUCAUCUAGCUAGUUUUGGGGUGUUUGUGCAGUUAAUAUUAGUAUGCUAUGUGUGCGUGUGUGUGUGUGUGUUGGGUGAUUGGCUAACUCGAUAUCCUGUUUUGCUUGCUUGCCUGUGUGUGUGUGUGUGUGUGUGUGUGUGUGUGUUUUUCAGCAGCCCAAGUCACGUUGCUGUUUCUGUAAAUACUAUACAUAUCAAUAAAAAUGAUGAGUGAAAUUA